AUGAAUGCUUUUGACUCAGAAUCUCCAAAUAGCUCACCAAAAACUGGCCAGACACUACUACCUAAAGAAAAAUUAUUAGCAAAAUCACUAUCGAUGAAAUUGCCUGUUGAAUCAUUAAACAAUAGUUUCCAAUCCUUAGAAGAUUUAUCACACAGUUUAGAAUUAGUAUUUGAACUUGAUAUUGUGAGCAAACAAAAUAUGAAAAUAGAUGACUUACAAAUUAAAUUAAAGAGUUGCGAGUCUGAAUUAGACGGAACAAUUUUGGAAAAUAAUGAAUUAAGACGACAAGUCAUCAAAUUGACACAAGAGCUACUUAUUAUGAAAAAUAUAUGUAAAACCCCACAAAUUGGAAAAAAAAAACAGCGCAAGAGUUUGUCCUCAAGUUUUCCUAAUAAUAUGACUCCAGAUAAGCAAAAGACAGAGCAAAUUUUUGUUUUGGAAAAUACAAUCGCAAAAUUACAACAAAACCUGAAAUAA